CUGAAGUUUAAGUGGCGGUAGUUUACGCCUUCUUUAAUCUGCUUUAAUUAUAUUUGCCUGUUGUAGCUAAAUGGUUUUUUUUUUUUAGCAACUUAAGUUACAAAUGGGUAGUAAAGUUUCAAGUUUUUCAGACAAGCAGUUGGAAGAAUAUCAGGAAAGUACAUUUUUUACAAGAAAAGAAAUACUGAAGAUAUUCCAGCGCUUCCGGAAUCUGGCACCAAUGUUAAUACCUACUGAUAUGAAGGGUGACCUUGAGUGUAAACAAAGGAAGAUCCCAGCAUCCAUGGUUAUAACGAUGCCAGAACUGGUGAACAACCCGUUCAAUGAGAGGAUCUGUCAGGUGUUUUCCGACGACGGGUCUGGUGAGCUGUCCUUUGACAACUUCCUCGACAUGCUGUCUGUGUUCAGCGAGGUCGCGCCACACGACAUGAAGAUUCUCUACGCCUUUAAAAUUUAUGAUUAUGAUAACGACAAUGUGCUGAACAGAGACGAUCUGGAAAGAUUUGUCACUGCACUGACCAAAAACGAACUCACAGAAGAGGAGAUGCAUUUUGUUGUCAGCAAGGUUCUGGAGGAGGUAGACAUGGAUGAUGAUGGCAGCUUGUCGUAUUUAGAGUUUGAACACGUCAUGUCAAGAGCUACAGGUUUCGAAAAGGUUUUUCAUUUAAGAAUAUUUUGAUCAAUCCAGUGGAAUUACAUUUUCUACUGUUGACAUGGCAUGUAAUAUCACCUAUCAUGAGUAAAGAUCCUUCAAAAGAUGUUGUGUUUUCAAUACAUAACUAAUACAGAACAGGCAUCUACUUGUCUAAGUUGUCUUACCCAUCCUUUGGAGAGAAGACACAGAAGCUAUCUUACAUAAAAUGAAGACCAAUUUAAAGACUACUGAUUGGCUUUUCCAUAGUGAUGACACAGAUAUCAAAAUCAAAUAUUCCUCUGUAAUUAACACUACUAAAACUGGAGCCUAAUUCACUAAACUCUCGCAAAUUUGUAAUCUCGCAGUGCAAUGCUAAAAGACUUGCAAAGAGGAUGCUUUGUUGUCUAGCAGAGCCUAAAGAGACCUUUGUGAAUUAGGCCCCGGAUUUCUACCUAUGAUGUAUAUGUUAAUUAUGCAAAUGAAAGCACUGUACAUAACUUUUAGUGAAUUUUAAAAUUUGUAACUUUAAAAAUAUGUUCAACUCACUAAUGCUUGUUCAAAACAUUUUAAAAUAACUUGCAACAUAAAUUGUAUCUACAAACCUCA